CAGUCACUUGAGCCCAAACAAAAUGGGUACAAAGGGUCUAAUAAUAUUAUUCUUAUUAGUUGCACCUCUAGGGCUACUAGCCAAACAUACUGGCAAUGGUGGCAGAAAUUCCGGCUCUAAAGCCGAAGCGAAUGCAAUAGCAAGUGCGAAGAGUGAAGGUGAAGGAUCAGCAAGAGCAAGCGCGAGCGCAGAUGCUUCUGCGGAGAGUGAAGGCGAUGGAUCUGCAGAUGCAGAUGCAGAUGCAGAUGCUGACGCCGAUGCGGAAAACGAAGGCGGUGGAUCUGCCGAAGCAAAUGCAGCUGCCAAAGCGGAGAGCGACGGUAAUGGUUCUGCCGAAGCAAAAGCAGCUGCCAAAGCGGAGAGCAAAGGUAAUGGAUCUGCUAAAGCAAAUGCAGCUGCCAAAGCUGAAAGCGAAGGAGACGGAUCUUCUGAAGCAAAUGCACAAGCCUCUGCGGAAAGCGAAGUGAAUGAUGAAGGGUCAGAAGGUGAUAAUGGUGGCGAAGAAAAUGGCGGCAAAGGUUCAGAGGGAAGCGGUGGUGGUGGUGGCGGCAAACAAAAGGGACAAGGAGGAUCAGAAGGAAGCAAUGGUAGUGGAGGCAAACAAAAUGGAGGUAAAGGAUCAGAGGGAAGCAACGGUAGUGGCGGUGAAGGCAAACAAACAGGUGGGGAAGGGUCAGAAGGAAACAGUGAUGAUAAUGGCGACGAAGAAGAGGGAGAUGAAGGAUUAGAGGGAAACAAUGGUAGCGGUGGUACAGGCAAACAAAAUGGCGGCAAAGGAUCAAAGGGCAGCAAUGGAGGUGGAGAAGAAGAGGGCGGUGACGGAUCUGACGGCAAUGAUGACGACGGAGACGACAAUGGCGGUGAAGGAACCAGCGAAGCAAAUGCUAAUGCUAGUGCCAAAGCAACAUCAAAUGGAGGUGGAAAAUCAUCUGCAAGCGCACGUGCUUCCGCUAAAUCGCGAGGAAGAAGACGAAAGCCAACUGGUCAAAAUCCCGGAAGUCCUGGACAAUCUGGCGGCUCGCCAAGCAGUCCAUCUGGAUCUGGAGGGUCUCCUAGUAACUCUGGUCAAACGGGUGGCUCACCAAGCAGUCCAUCGGGAUCUGGAGGAUCUCCUAGCAACUCAGGUUCACCAAGCAGUCCAUCUGGGUCUGGAGGAUCUCCUAGCAACUCAGGUCAAUCGGGAGGUUCACCAAGCAGUCCAUCUGGGUCUGGAGGAUCUCCUAGCAACUCUGGACAACAAGGUGGCUCUGGAGGAUCUCCUAGCAACUCUGGUCAAACAGGUGGCUCACCAAGCAGCCCGUCUGGAUCUGGAGGAUCUCCAAGCAACUCUGGUCAACCGGGUGGCUCACCAAGCAGUCCGUCUGGAUCCGGAGGAUCUCCAAGCAACUCUGGUCAACCGGGUGGCUCACCAAGCAGUCCGUCUGGAUCUGGAGGAUCUCCAAGCAACUCUGGUCAACCGGGUGGCUCACCAAGCAGUCCGUCUGGAUCCGGAGGAUCUCCAAGCAACUCUGGUCAACCGGGUGGCUCACCAAGCAGUCCGUCUGGAUCUGGAGGAUCCCCAAGCAACUCUGGUCAACCAAGUGGCUCACCAAGCAGCCCAUCUGGAUCAGGAGGGUCUCCUAGCAACUCUGGUCAACCAGGUGGCUCACCAAGCAGUCCGUCUGGAUCUGGAGGAUCUCCUAGCAACUCUGGUCAACCGAGUGGCUCACCAAGCAGUCCAUCUGGAUCUGGAGGAUCUCCGAGCAACUCUGGUCAACAAGGUGGCUCACCAAGCAGUCCGUCUGGAUCUGGAGGAUCUCCUAGCAACUCUGGUCAACCAGGUGGCUCACCAAGCAGUCCGUCUGGCUCUGGAGGAUCUCCAAGCAACUCUGGUCAACCGGGUGGCUCACCAAGCAGUCCGUCUGGAUCUGGAGGAUCUCCCAGCAACUCUGGUCAACCGGGCGGCUCUGGAGGAUCACCUAGCAACUCUGGUUCACCAAGCAGUCCGUCUGGAUCCGGAGGAUCUCCAAGCAACUCUGGUCAAUCGGGUGGCUCACCAAGCAGUCCGUCUGGAUCCGGAGGAUCUCCAAGCAACUCUGGUCAACCGGGUGGCUCACCAAGCAGUCCGUCUGGAUCCGGAGGAUCUCCUAGCAACUCUGGACAACAAGGUGGCUCUGGAGGAUCUCCUAGCAACUCUGGUCAAACAGGUGGCUCACCAAGCAGUCCGUCUGGAUCUGGAGGAUCUCCAAGCAACUCUGGUCAACCGGGUGGCUCACCAAGCAGUCCGUCUGGAUCCGGAGGAUCUCCAAGCAACUCUGGUCAACCGGGUGGCUCAUCAAGCAGUCCGUCUGGAUCUGGAGGAUCUCCAAGCAACUCUGGUCAACAGGGUGGCUCACCAAGCAGUCCGUCUGGAUCCGGAGGAUCUCCUAGCAACUCUGGACAACCAGGUGGCUCUGGAGGAUCUCCUAGCAACUCUGGUCAAACAGGUGGCUCACCAAGCAGUCCUUCUGGAUCAGGAGGGUCUCCUAGCAACUCUGGUCAACCAGGUGGCUCUGGAGGAUCUCCUAGCAACUCGGGUCAACCAGGUGGCUUACCAAGCAGUCCGUCUGGAUCUGGAGGAUCUCCUAGCAACUCUGGUCAACCAGGCGGCUCUGGAGGAUCUCCUAGCAACUCUGGUUCACCAAGCAGUCCGUCUGGAUCCGGAGGAUCUCCUAGCAACUCUGGUCAACCGGGAGGCUCCCCGAGUAGUCCAUCUGGAUCUGGAGGCUCACCCAGCAAUCCUGGUCAAUCGGGCGGUUCUCCCAGCAUUCCUUCUGGUUCUGGCAAUUCUCCUGGUGGUUCUGGCAUCCCAGAAUGCAAACCUGUCAUUAUUUAUAGAGUGCCACCCAGAAGAAAGAAGAACAAUUAUAUCAUAUUGCCAGAGUUGACAAUCACGGAACGUUUUGGAAGAGGACGUGAAUUGAGUGGAGAACGUGGAGAAAAAGACUAUCGCUCAAGAAUUAGUCUCUGCCCGUGUGGAGUAAAUGGUAAAAGAAACUGAGAAACUGAGAAAGAAUGAUCAACCAAGGCGACAAGUUAAAGGAAGAUGAUUACCUUUAUAUAAUAUUUUUAUAUAUAUAUAUAAAUUUAAUUGUUAAUAUUGGUGAAUGUUAAUCUCGAAACUAAACCAAAUUGUCAUUUCUUAACAUAGUACGUUCCUUUACUAUUGCAAAGAUAAUUAAACGGAUAGCAAUACCUUCUUUAGUUCAGUUUAAGAGAUUUGUGGCACCAUUGUUAAUCUUAAAUCCAAAUAUAUUGAGCAAGCAUA